AUGGCUGAAUCUGAAGGGACCCAGAAUGAUACCCAAUUGGUAGUGGUUGCUACAGAAGACAUGGCUGUACGGGCUGUGAAUAAGAGAUAUGAAGGGCUAAGCACCGUUCGGUCGAAGGCCAUUAAAGGGAAAGGAGCUUGGUAUUGGGUCCAUCUUGAGCCUAUUCUGGUUCGAAAUCCGGAUACAAAUGAUGCUAAAGCUGUUAAGCUUAGGUGCAACCUUUGUGAAGCUGUUUUCUCAGCUUCAAACCCAUCAAGAACUGCUUCUGAGCAUCUCAAAAGAGGAACUUGUCCCAAUUUUAACUCUCUUUUAAAACCCUCAUCAUCGUCUUCUUCAUUGCCGCCAUUGUCUUCUCCUUCUUCUCACAGUAAUCGAAAGAGGUUUGGGUCGAUUGGGACUUCAAACGAUGGUUUGAAUAGUAACCGACAACCUCGUCAGUUUCAGCAUCAUUAUCCUCCUCAUAAUCAUCAUCACGGGCAGCAGCAUUUGCUGUUAUCUGGUGGGAAAGAAGAUUUGGGACCUUUGGCAAUGCUAGAGGAUAGUGUAAAGAAGCUUAAAAGUCCAAAACCUUUGCCUCCUGGUCCUCAUUUAAGUAAAACCCAAGUUGACUCUGCUCUUGGAUUAUUGACUGAUUGGUUCUAUGAAUCUUAUGGGUCAGUUUCAUUUCCAAGCUUGGAUCAUCCCAAGUUCAAAGCUUUUAUGAAUCAAGUUGGGUUACCUGAGAUUUCACGACAAGAUUUUAUGUCUUCAAGGCUUGAUUCAAAGUAUGAAGAAGCAAAGUUAGAAUCAGAAGCUAAGAUGAGGGAUGCAGAGUUCUAUCAACUUGUUUCUGAUGGGUGGAAGACCAAGACUUUUGGGCAUGGGGAAGAGGGUUUGAUUAAGUUUAUGGUCAAUCUUCCUAAUGGAACUACAUUAUUUCGAAAAACCUUUUUCCCUGGUGGUGGUAACGGUACAUCAAUGGCGGUUCCAGCCACCUACGCGGAGGAGAUCAUGUGGGAGACCGUCACAGGUACAUAUAAUGUUGAAAGAUGUGUUGGAAUAGUGGCAGAUAAGUAUAAGACAAAAGCUUUAAGAGAUCUGGAAAUCCAACAUCAUUGGAUGGUUAAUUUAUCUUGUCAGCUUCAGGGAGUUGGUAAUUUGAUUAAGGAUUUUAGCAAAGAGCUUCCACUUUUUAAGAAUGUUAUUGGUAAUUGCUUGAAGAUUACUAGUUUUUUUAACAACAAUUCUGAGGCUAGGAGUAUUUUGAACAGGUUUCGGUCACAGGAGUCCAGAUUCUCUGUUUCUUUAGGAGUUCCUCCCCUUUUGUAUUGUGAAAACUUACAGAACUUUUCGUCUAUCAGUUCAAUGUUGGACAAUACGUUGAGCUGUGCUCGGGUCUUGCAAUUAGUUGUAAUGGAUGAUUCAUACAAACUUGUGGUAAUUGAAGAUUCUGUUGCUACAGAAGUUGCAGAAUUGGUCCAAAAUAUGGGGUUCUGGAAUGAUGUUGAGGCUGUUAACACUUUAAUUAAGGUAAUUAGAGGCAUGGUUGAAGAGAUUGAGGCUGAAAGGCCAUUAGUUGGGCAGUGUCUUCCUCUUUGGGAGGAAUUGAGAGCAAAAAUGAAGGACUGGUGUGCCAAAUACAGCAUUCAUGAAGGGCUUGUUGAGAAAAUCAUCGAAAGGCGAUUCAAGAAAAACUAUCACCCUGCAUGGUCAACUGCAUUCAUUCUUGAUCCAGUGUACUUAAUAAGGGACUCUAGUGGUAAAUACCUUCCCCCUUUUAAAUAUUUAACUUGUGAACAAGAAAAAGAUGUUGAUAAACUGAUUACGCGACUAGUUUCAAGAGAAGAAGCUCACAUUGCAUUAAUGGAGCUUCUGAAAUGGAGGUCCGAGGGACUGGACCCUUUAUAUGCACAGGCGGUUCAGGUCAAACAGCGUGACCCUUUUACUGGAAAGAUGAAAAUAGCAAACCCUCAAAGUAGUAGACUCAUCUGGGAAACUAUCUUGAAAGAGUUAACCAUUUUGGGGAAGAUUGCAGUCAGGCUUCUGUUUCUUCAUGCAACUUCUUGUGGGUUCAAGUGCAGUUGGUCUUUCAUGAGAUGGGUAUCGACUAAUGGGCAAACUCAAUCAAGGGUCGGCCUCGAGAAGAUUCAAAAAAUGAUAUUUAUUGCAGCGAACUCAAAGCUUAGAAGGCAAGAAUUUGGUAGCGAAGAAGAGAAAGAAGCAGAGGUAUUUGGCAUAACAAGCAGCGAGGAUGAUGACAUGCUCAAUGAGGUCUUUGUGGAUGCACCCUCAUUGUAACGUUUUUCCGUUUUCUAACUCCUGCUGUUUGUAGAUUAAUUGUAUUCUUUUCGUACCCUUUUCCUCUAUCUUUGGUAGAUAAUUAGUCCAAGAUUUUGCAGGUGUAUCGCAUAUGUUAACAACGAUCCAUGAAUAUUAUACCAUUUAUAACUAUAAUGAAUCAAGAUUUCAAUUUUCUA